AUGUUUGAGGGGACCGGGGCAAAAAUACGAAAAGGGCACCUGCUCUUUGUGGUGGGGCCCCAGCGCACAGGCUCGAGGGCACUUCGUUCACUAUCAGGUUACCCUGGAGGACACCUCAGGAAAAUCCAAGAGGGCACUUUACCUGCAGGUCAAAUUAAUCUCACUUUACCUGGACAUUUUACUAAUUACACGGACGGAUCAGAUAUCUUGACCCACCACUCUAGUGAAAACACACCAGUUUCAAAUUGCACUUGGACUUUAAAUAUCCCUCUUGGUCGGACGGUACUCUUAAAGUUAGUAUGGCUAGAAAGCAACUCGAGCAUAACCAUUCGUUGUGUGUGGAACAAGGAAGAUCUGGUCCUGGAGGGUGGUGAGGGGACAGCUCUGCUCUCCGGCUGUGGUAAAAACAAAGCAACACUGUCUUGGAAAGGAGCAACACAAUCCUCAAAUGCAAUUGAGCUGGCUUAUUAUGUCCAGGAAGAUGACACACAUUCCUUUGAGGACCACACCAACCCACAUUCAAACCAUGACCUCUUACGUCGGUCUCAGACAGGAACAAGCUUUACAAGGACUGCUCCUAUUCGUCAAGAGCUUCGUAGAGGAACCGAAGGUCUGGAGUCGAGUUUUGGGCCAUAUUCCUCCUCUCAGGAGCAGGGAUUGCUACAUCCCACCUCACCCGUGCAGGGACUUGCUGGGGCUGGGAGUGCCGAUAGGGAAACUCUCCCUCUUCCUGAGGAAGAACCAAACAAUGGAGCGGAUAAAUCUGGAACUGCUCACCUCGCUGAUGGUCCCACGUCUGCCAGAGAGAGGACACACCCCUAUUUUCAUUCAACAGUCUCACUUUUCCACACUUUAAAUACAGAAAAAACUGAAACAAACUCUAGAAAGAAGCUCCCUGAAACACAAACAACACUGACCAAUAAUAAAGAAAGCAAGUUCACUAUCUUGCUUUCAGAUAUACAUCAAUUUACAGAAACUGCACCAUCUGUUUCCGGCUUCAUCAGCCCACAAUUCACCACAUCUCCUCCACGUCGAGAUGCUGUUUCAGGGGAACCAGGAGAGAAAAAACCCACUUCCUGGAGGAGCCAUCGCAGCACAGGCGGAAUUUACUCUGAUCAGACUAAUGCCGUCACAUCUGACCCUUUAAAAUCCCCCACCGAACCUCCAGAGGAAUACUCAACCAGUGCAAACCCUGAUACAGAACCCACUGCAUCAUCAUUAUCAAAAGGCUCACAGGGUCCACACAUGGCUGACUCACCCACAACCCCAAUUACAGGCAUCAACAAGACUGUUAGUACUUUGGAGGCUGCUUCAUUUCAUCCAAACAGGAGUAGAAAUGGCUCGUUGGUAUCUGCUUCUUCAGAUAUUCAAACUGAUGCAUUUGAGUCCUCUGUUAGGCUUGAUAACAUAGAUAUUCUUCAAACGUACACUUCUUCUUCCACACAGAAUCAAACAAACUCCCAUGUCACACAAACUCCUGACACAAACGCUCCCUUCACACAAACUCCUUACACAAACUCCCCAUUUGCACAGACAAGCCAAGAUGACACUCAAGCAGCAACGGAAAAUACACAAAGAAACUUUAAAGCUUUCUCCUCCUCACCUGAUGUUACCGAAGUCGAUGAUGGGACUUUCGGUUUCACAGAUUCUCUUCCAACACCGAGAGCAGCACAGACGUUUGUAGAUGUUGACCAGAGCUCAUCUUCCAACGUAAACACUGAAACUUAUACACUGCAUCCCACUUUAAUUGUCUUACAUGACAUCUCUUCUGAAAAUUCACAGACUUCUGCUCCUCUUUUGUCAACAAGUCAAUCAAUACACUUGUCUACUAAUUCAAAAACAAUCCAAACAUACUCUGCAUUUCCUGGUUUUCAUCUUCUACUGAUACAACCUUGCCUUUGCCUUCCACUACCACUCAAUCCGCAGCACACACACCCCUGUUCGACCAAAACCCAAUACCUACAGACUUAAAAUUGUCAACAAUCAAAUCUACA